AGUCAUCCAUUACGGAGUCGAGCACCACAUCGCGCACCAGCACUACUGAGACCAGCAGUGCCACGGGAUCCACCACUACAGCUACCACGGGAUCCACCACUACAGAAUCGAGUUCCAGUUCUCGGACCAGCACUACGGGAACGAGCAGUACCACUGUGUCCACCACAUCUGUGUCGAGCACUUCUUCGCGGACUAGCACAACUGGGACGAGCAGUACCACGGUUUCCACCACCACGCGGUCGAGCACGACGUCGCGGACCAGCACUACGGAAACGAGCAGCACCACGGGGUCCACCACUACGGGGUCGAGCACCACGUCUGGAAGCAGUACGUCCGAAACGAGCAGCACUACGGCGUCCAGCACUACCACAGAGUCAUCCACUACGGAGUCGAGCUCCACAUCGCGGACCAGCACUACUGAGACCAGCAGUGCCACGGGAUCCACCACUACAGCGUCGAGUUCCAGUUCCCGGACCAGCACUACGGGAACGAGCAGUACCACUGUGUCCACCACAUCUGUGUCGAGCACAACUUCGCGGACUAGCACUACAGGGACGAGCAGUACCACGGUGUCCACCACCACGCAGUCAAGCACGACGUCGCGGACCAGCACUUCGGAAACGAGCAGCACCACGGGGUCCACCACAACGGGGUCGAGCACCACGUCCGGAAGCAGCACUUCCGAAACAAGCAGCACUACGGCGUCCAGCACUACCACAGAGUCAUCCAUUACGGAGUCGAGCACCACAUCGCGCACCAGCACUACUGAGACCAGCAGUACCACGGGAUCCACCACUACAGAAUCGAGUUCCAGUUCUCGGACCAGCACUACGGGAACGAGCAGUACCACUGUGUCCACCACAUCUGUGUCGAGCACUUCUUCGCGGAUUAGCACUACAGGGACGAGCAGUACCACGGUGUCUACCACCACGCAGUCGAGCACGACCGUCGAGUUCCAGUUCUCGGACCAGCACUACGGGAACGAGCAGUACCACUGUGUCCACCACAUCUGUGUCGAGCACUUCUUCGCGGACUAGCACUACAGGGACGAGCAGUACCACGGUGUCCACCACCACGCAGUCGAGCACGACCUCGCGGACCAGCGCUACGGAAACGAGCAGCACCACAGGGUCCACCACUACGGGGUCAAGCACCACGUCUGGAAGCAGCACGUCCGAAACGAGCAGCACCACGGGGUCCAGCACUACGGGGUCGAGCACAACGUCUGCAAGCAGUACCUCCGAAACGAGCAGCACUACGGCGUCCAGCACUACCACAGAAUCGUCCACUACGCAGUCCAGCACCACAUCGCAGACCAGCACUACUGAGACCAGCAGUACCACGGGAUCCACCACUACAGCGUCGAGUUCCAGUUCUCGGACCAGCACUACGGGAGCGAGCAGUACCACUGUGUCCACCACAUCGGUGUCGAGCUCCAUGUCGUGGACUAGCACUACUGGGACGAGCAGUACCACGGUGUCCACCACCACGCAGUCGAGCACGACAUCGCGGACCAGCACUACGGAAACGAGCAGCACCACAGGGUCCACCACUACGGGGUCGAGCACCACGUCUGGAAGCAGUACCUCCGAAACGAGCAGCACUACGGCGUCCAGCAUUACCACAGAAUCAUCCACUACAGAGUCGAGCACCACAUCGCGGAGCAGCACUACUGAGACCAGCAGUACCACGGGAUCCACCACUACAGCGUCGAGUUCCAGUUCUCGGACCAGCACUACGGGAACGAGCAGUACCACUGUGUCCACCACAUCUGUGUCGAGCACUUCUUCGCGGACUAGCACUACAGGGACGAGCAGUACCACGGUGUCCACCACCACGCAGUCGAGCACGACGUCGCGGACCAGCACUACGGAAACGAGCAUCACCACGGGGUCCAGCACUACAGGGUCGAGCACCACGUCCGGAAGCAGCACUUCCGAAACAAGCAGCACUACGGCGUCCAGCACUACCACAGAGUCAUCCAUUACGGAGUCGAGCACCACAUCGCGCACCAGCACUACUGAGACCAGCAGUGCCACGGGAUCCACCACUACAGCGUCGAGUUCCAGUUCUCGGACCAGCACUACGGGAACGAGCAGCACCACUGUGUCCACCACAUCGGUGUCGAGCACUUCUUCGCGGACUAGCACUACAGGGACGAGCAGUACCAUUGUGUCCACCACCACGCAGUCGAGCACGACGUCGCGGACCAGCACUACGGAAACGAGCAGCACCACGUGGUCCCUCACUACGGGGUCGAGCACAACGUCUGGAAGCAGUACCUCCGAAACGAGUAGCACUACGGCGUCCAGCACUACCACAGAGUCGUCCACUACGCAGUCCAGCACCACAUCGCAGACCAGCACUACUGAGACCAGCAGUACCACGGGAUCCACCACUACAGCGUCGAGUUCCAGUUCUCGGACCAGCACUACGGGAACGAGCAGUACCACUGUGUCCACCACAUCUGUGUCGAGCACUUCUUCGCGGACUAGCACUACAGGGACGAGCAGCAUCACGGUGUCCACCACCACGCAGUCGAGCACGACAUCGCGGACCAGCGCUACGGAAACGAGCAUUACCACGGGGUCCAGCACUACGUGGUCGAGCACCACGUCUGGAAGCAGUACCUCCGAAACGAGCAGCGCUACGGCGUCCAGCACUACCACAGAGUCAUCCACUACGGAGUCGAGCACCACGUCGUGGACCAGCACCACAGGAACGAGCAGCGCCACGCGGUCCACAACGACGGAGUCGAGCACCACUUCCUGGACCCGCACGACAGAAACGAGCAUGACCACGAGGACCACCACGACAGACAGUAUUACCAGCCAGACUACUACCACGACGCCGCUUUACGUCGUACUCAGUUCGCUGUCAUUUUACAGCUCUGGCACCGAAGACGAUGUGACAGACGCAGUGACUUCUCAUUUGCGGACUUUUUAUGGCUUAGACGAAGAUCAGCUUUCAGUAUCUGUCGUCCCCAAAGCGCGGUCGGUGUCUUCGUCCUGGCGAGUCGACUUUCAGAUAGUCACACCCGUAACUUCUGUCGAGCAAGUUCUAAAUGUGACAAACCAGAUUGUCAACGACCCCUCGAACUUCACAAUCUCGUUGCAGUCGAACUUCCAGGUACAAGGCUUGGUCAUGGACGCAUCAUCGUUAGAGGUCGCAGCACCAGAAAUUCGCAUCGUUACUGCCACUAGGACGACCGUGAGCGUGACAUGGACGAGCGCAACGGUGACCACGGCAUCAACCACGACAGGGUCGAGUACCACGGCGUCCAGCUCUCAUUCCAGAACUACGGAAACGAACAGUGCUACGGUGACCACCACCACGCAGUCGAGCGCGACAUCGCGGACCAGCACUACGGAAACGACCAGCACGACGGGGUCCACCACCUCGGAGUCGAGCACCACGUCCCAGACGCGCACGGUGGCAACGAGCAGCACCACGGCGUCCACCACCACGGAGUCGAGCGCCACCUCACGCACCAGUGCGGCAGAUGCGAGUGCCACGAGCCUGACAACGCCGACCACGACCACCGCCACCUCAAUCACAGCCACCACGACCUCUACUGCCACGUCCACGACCACAGUUCGAGGAGCGCUCGACUUCGAGGAGUGCUUCGACUUUGCGCCUGCAGAAGGUGUGUCCUGGCUCGACUCCAGCGGCCACGACUGCAGCCAUUACCUCGAUAGCGGUUGUCCAGACUAUGGCAGAGAUUUCGAGAGCCAUGGCUACACUGCCUUGGAGGCGUGUUGCGGCUGCGGUGGCGGCGAGGAUGUGAAGCUUGCGGCCGUCCUGCUGUUACUGACAGUGCAGGGCGUGAGCUACGACGAGCUGUUUCAAGAUGACAGUCUGCUGACGGACUUCAAGCUCGCUCUUCGCAAGGCGCUGGCUGAGAUCGCAGGCGUCUCGUUAGAAUUUGUGUCGGUGGAGCUCAGCGAGGGGACUUUCUCAACCCGUUUGCUCAGCGAGCUCGCGGUAUCCAAUCAUGUUAACCCACACACAUUUGGCCGAUCUUUGAUUGUAGCUCCUGUUGAUGUUCUCUUGACAGUCGUACCACCCAGUGGUGCGGCCACAAGCGCCGCUGAUAUUGCGGAUGCAAUGAGUGUGAGCGCUGUGCAUACCGCUAUUGAACUCAGGGUGAGCGCAAUCUCAAAUAUAGGUUCGGUCAUGUUUGGGACCCUGUCUCUUACAGGGACAAAGAUAGUUUCGACGACAGGGGAUGACUACAUCGUGGUCACGACCGGUACCUGCUCCGCUUUGGUUGCCAACGCGGACGAGUGCCUUGCAGCUGCCAUCACGCUGGGUCUCCCCAGGGCCGACCCCGUUUUGAACGGCGAUGGCGUUCCUGACGAUCCACCGGGGUGCUAUAUGGAGCAAGAGGUCCUCUAUUUCAACUCGGGUGGAAACACCGGCAGCUGUGGUGCCACCGACCGGUGCAUCUGCCUGCAGCCCCAGGCGCCCGCUCCACAGGCCCCCACGCCUGCCCCGGGCGUGCCCCUCGGCGCACCUGCUCAGACGACCGUCGCCGGCUCGAGUCUGCUGGUUGCUCUCCUGGCCUCGGUGUUGGUCGUCUUGGUCUGCGGGGGCCUCGCUUGCGGCGGCCUCUGGCUCAGGACGCAGCGCCAGAGUCUGCCGCAGCUGAUCUGCCACGAUGGCGAAGAGGUCACCACGAGGUUCAGGGUCCAGGGCGGGAGGUUGUACAUGUCUGUCGACGACGGGAAUUGGACGUAUGUCCGGUCGUUGGAGUGGGCGGUGUCCACGCGGAUGGCCGCAGAGCCGGUCAGCCUGGCGGCAGACAGCUCAUCGAUCAUGUCCCCCAAGCUUGGGCAGAUCAUCGACCACGCAGGCAGGAGAGCGACGAUCCAGUCGCACAAGCUGCCGGAGCUCGCUCAGCUGUGCGAGGCGGCCGGGGUCAGCCACACCCUGCCGACGAGCCCGUUGCUGAGGCUGCACGAGACGCUGGCAGCGGAGAGGCGAAAGCUCGAGGAGGCUGUUGCCCGCAGUCAGAGGCGAAUUGCUGCGGCCGAGGCCGCUUUUGAGGCGUGCAGGCCACGCCCGGAAGAGCACGUGACCAUAGGGGUCGCCGACGAGCUCACCGUCUACUACUCUGGAGGUGCCGAAGCACAAGCACCAGCUCAGGCGCCUGCAGAAGCAGUUCUGAGCGAUGAAGGCGCUACACGACCGCCAGGACGACGGGACAGAUCGAGUAGACGUUCCACAGCGCCGCACGACAAAGAUGUGCUAGCGCUCAAGCAGCCAAUGGGCGACGGGCUCGUGGAUGAGAAGCAGCCGGACCAGCUGCCUGAGCCUGGGUCGCAGCCACAACAAGCGCUGUGGCCGCUGCCAGAAGGAGCUCAGCAGUCGCAGGCGCGUGCCUACAGCGCCGGGCAACCGGCCGACACGGAGGACCUCGGGGCGCUGCGGGAGGUGUUUCGGGCCUGCGAUGCCAACUGCGACGGCGGCAUCAACCUGCGGGAGCUCAUCAAGGCCUGCCGCCAGCGUCCAGAGGUCGCCGCUCUCUUCGGCCUCCCGUCGGAGAUCCACCAGGAGGGUGCCGCCCGGCGGGCGGUGAUGGAGUUCUUCCAAGCCGCCGACAGCGACGGCGACCGCAACAUCACCUGGGAGGAGCUCCGCCGCUCCUGCCGCGAGCGCGGGGGCGCCGGCUCCCAGCACGCGCCUCGCCUGCGCCUCGCCGCGCUCGGGCCCCCGCGUGCCGUGGCGGCCACGGGCCGCCGGGCCUCGCCGCGGGGCGGGGCGGAGGCGCCGCUGCGGCAAGGCAGCACGCGGAGGCGGAGCGCGCAGAGCUCGGGGAGCGCGCGCCCGCCAGCGCCGCCGAGGGGAGGCAGGCGGAGGAGCUCGGACGCCACAGGCGUCGCUGCGGUGCAGCGCCGCCGGGGGAGCAGAGGGACUGCGCAGACUUCGCGGAGUGCGGCCAGCGGCGCCGCAGAGGCAGCCGCUGCGGCAGAUGCAGCUGGUUCUGAAGGGGCAGACGGCAUCGAUUUCGAUUUUGGAGACCCUUGA